AUGGGAAGUUCUUGUACAAAACCAGUUGCUCAUGUUUCUUCAUCUAAUAUUUCUGGAAGUAAGAAGCCUCAAAGCAGGACAAAUCAGUAUUCAAAUUCAUCUAAACAAAAAGCUUCUAGUGAAGAAAAUGUUGAUCCAUCAAUCUCCAGUAAACUUAAGUCAUUCAGCUUGAUUGAUCUGAAGGAGGCUACUAAGAAUUUCCGGCGAGAGAAUUUAAUCGGGGAGGGAGGUUUUGGGCGUAUCUUCAAGGGAUGGAUUGAUGAAAACACGUAUAUUCCAACAAAACCAGGGAGUGGAAUUGUAGUGGCCAUUAAGAAUCUCAAGCCAGAAAGCUUUCAAGGUCACAAGGAAUGGCUGGCAGAAGUUAAUUAUCUAGGGCAGCUUCACCAUGAAAAUCUUGUGAAACUCAUUGGUUAUUGCUUGCAAGGAAAAAACAGGCUUCUAGUUUAUGAGUUUAUGCAAAAAGGAAGUCUGGAAAAUCAUUUAUUCAGAAAAAAUGUUCAACCUAUUGCAUGGGCAACGCGUGUCAACAUUUCUGUUGGUGUUGCAAAAGGAUUAGCAUUUUUACAUUCCUUGAAUGCAAAUGUUAUCUUUCGUGAUUUAAAGGCGUCCAAUAUCCUACUUGAUUCAGAUUUCAAUGCAAAGCUUUCGGAUUUCGGGUUGGCAAGAGAUGGUCCUACAGGAGAUAAUACUCAUGUUUCAACUAGAGUUAUUGGAACUCAAGGUUAUGCUGCUCCAGAGUAUGUUGCUACAGGUCAUUUGACACCAAGGAGUGAUGUGUACAGCUUUGGCGUUGUUUUGUUAGAGUUACUAACAGGAAAGCGUGCUGUAGAAGACGCAAGACCUGGACUUUCUGAAGAAACUCUGGUGGAUUGGGCAAUGCCUUUCUUGAGUGAUACCAGAAGAGUUUUGAGAAUCAUGGACACAAGAUUAGGUGGUCAGUACUCAAAGAAAGGAGCACAAGCUGCAGCUGCACUUGCACUACAAUGCUUAAAUUCAGAUCCUAAAUUUAGACCACCUAUGGUAGAUGUUGUUGCAACAUUGGAAGGACUUCAAUCAUCAAAAUAUGGAAAUCACACUCCAGCAACCAAACACUCUUCUCAUUCCCUAAGCUAA